AUGCUGCUUUCUGUCUUUGAACGCUGUGAGGAUGCCUUUGUGUUCCAGGAAAUGCUUGGUGCAGAACCAUCAGAUUUCACGUCUCCUCAAAGAAGAGUGGGCUCGGGGAGGGAGUUGAGAGCCGGCUUGCUCCACGGCGGCCCGCAGGCCCCGCACCUCGGACCCCUCCACGCGCUCUCUCUCCGCUCUCUCCCCACCUCCUCGACUCCCCAAGGGGAGGGAAAUGAACCGUCAGGCCACCACGACGAAGUCCUGCGCCUCGUCGAUGGGGUGUGUGCAGAAAGAGCGCGGAUAAAUAGGAGGCUCCCUCUUCCCGGCGACACUCGCGUAGCCUGUCGGCCGCCCGCCUGGGGUAGUGUUCGCCCGCCCGGUAGCCGGGUGCCAGCCUGGGGAGUAGUUUCGCUUCCUGCUAGCUCCGGGAUUCGUUUCCAGGCACCCCGUCGGGCGCCCGUGGCCCGGGAAGGGGGCGCAGGAGGAGGCGGGAGACUCGUCUCGGGGCUGCUGGGCCCGGCAGCGGGGUUGAUGGCCCGGGCCGCCCCGGGCAGCGGCGCCAGCUCCCUGCCACUGCUCCUGGCCCUCGCCCUGGGUCUAGCGAUCCUCCACUGUGUUGUGGCAGAUGGGAAUUCAACCAGGAGUCCUGAAAAUGAUGGCCUUCUCUGUGGAGAUCGUGGAGAAAACUGCCCAGCUACGACCACACAACCAAAGCGAAGAGGCCACUUCUCUCGGUGCCCCAAGCAGUACAAGCAUUACUGCAUUAAAGGGAGAUGUCGCUUCGUGGUGGCCGAGCAGACGCCCUCCUGCGUCUGUGAUGAAGGCUACGCUGGGGCGAGAUGUGAGAGAGUUGACUUGUUUUACCUAAGAGGAGAUAGAGGGCAGAUUUUGGUGAUUUGUUUGAUAGCAGUUAUGGUAAUUUUUAUCAUUUUGGUGGUCGGUGUCUGCACAUGCUGUCAUCCUCUUCGGAAACAUCGAGAAAGAAUAAAGAAGGAAGAAGAAAUGGAAACCCUGGGUAAAGAUAUAACUCCUAUAAAUGAUGACAUUCAAGAGACUAGUAUUGCUUAAUGUCUAUGAAGGUACCUCCAGGCUGGUGGCAAGCUACAAAAUACCUUACUCAUUUGAAAAUGG